AUGUCGGUCAUUCAAGUAGAAGAUCUUGUCUCUUAUCAGUUGAGAUCAAAUUAUUUGAAUACAAUCGCAGAUGGUGUUGGUGAACGUCUCAUAACGAUUAACGAUAGCUUUCUAAAUACUCCUGGGUUCAAAGCCGCUGGAUGGCGCACGAAUGCCGCGAAUAUAAAACGAACACAUUCCCCGCCAAUACCAACAGCUAUAGCGUCUGAAUAUUUUCAAGCACCACCUAGAUCAGCUGGUCUGGCACCUUCUGGUCUCGAGGAUGAAGUUGAAGAAGGAGGUUUGCUCACAGGAGGGGCAGGGGAUACGGUUGGACCAGGAAUUGCUACGAAAAGGAGGCGCAGGCGAGAACAAAUGGAGGAGGAAGAUAGUAGUGAUUUGAGUGAUGAUAGUGAUGAUGAUGGAGAUCAAAGGGCAGCCCAACAAAUAAAAUUCUCUAAAAUGCCUAUACGAAAUCGUUCCGGUUCUUCCCCCAUUCGUGGAUCCAAUCUUCGACAAUCUACUACUGCAAGUUCUCCCACACGUACCACUGGACCAGGCAUAAGAAGAGGUUCUCAAUCUGCCGUAGAGGUUGUGAAAGAACGAGCAAGGAGAGAUACGGUUACAAGUAGUGAGAUGUCCUCUGAUAAUGAGUUUGAUGCAUCUGCAUUUCAAAGACAGAGGGAAUCAAAUAGGAAUACUGCCAGAGCCGGUAGAACGGUUCGAACGCAUAUCCCGGAUCCCGAUCUCGGUGUAAAGAGACAAGUAAGUGAUCUCUUAGAGGAAGAGGAAGAAGAUGAGGAUUCAGGAUCAGACAUGUCUUCCGCAUUUGGUGGUAGUAUCGACAGCGCAUCUAUAUUAGAUAGUGUUGAUGGACCCAUGACUGCCGCACCACAGCAUGUUGGCAAUACUAUACCUCGAGAACUUAUACGAUCACCAACAAAGAGAUCAAAGCCCGCACCUCCAGUACUUCAAGCCCUACCACCUCCUCGUCCUAUUAGUAUGAUACAACCUAAAAGCUUAUUGACAGCAAUGAUUAUGUCUAAGCGAACGAAAGCUGCCAUGCCAUUCGAAACUUUUGCUUCGCUUUCUGGACAGGGAGAUCCCAAUCCUAUCAAUAUUCGUAUAUUGGCACCAUUUGCUACUUCAACGACAAAGCCUUACGAGGUUCUGAUCAGGAGAACUGUUCAUGAAGACGAAACACACAAUCGACCAGUAGUUAUCACUGAUCUGAUCGGUUUGAGUCUAUGGAGGUAUUUUGAGGAAAAGUUAGAACCUACAAUAGCCCCCGAGAAGUUGAAUGUUAAUCGAUGGAUUCUACGGAUGGUUGAUGAUGGGGAGGUAGACACUGACUUUCCUCCUCUCGAUCGCCUUAAACCAGUCACUUCAUUUACAUUCGCCAACAAUCGAGCUGCAGCUAGAUCAAGAUCGAAUUCCAAACCUUUUGAUGAAUUUGCUUUGGUUGCAGCGACUGAUGAACAAUUCGAAGAAAAUCAGAAACUUACUCCUCAAUUCAAACAAGAGGAUGUUGCCUCAUCUGAAACGGAAGAAGAGUUCACUCCUAUCAAUACACCAAAGCCUAAUACCUCAUUUCCUCUCGGCACACAACCUCAUCAGAAUCCUUUACUUACAACGAUGACUGCGUUACGAAAGAAUUCCACACUGGCAGAUGCACCUACGAUUGGGACAGCUCUUACACAGCCCACUCCACGAGGUGGUGGUACUAAAAAGAUAUUGAGUAUUAACAUACACUCGAUCAAUGCUACACCUGGACAAAUGGUCGCUCUAGAGGUCACUACCGAUACUUACUUGGCCGAUGUUCUCGAUACUGUCUGUAAGAAGAGACAAUUAGACAAAGCAGGUCAUGUCCUCAAACUUACAGGAUCUGGAACUGUUGUCUAUCUUGAUCGCACUGUUGGAUCAAUAGGUAAUUCAUCAGAAUUAGAUUUGUACAGACGACGCUUUGCCACCGAUGGACCAUUAACCAUGACGGGUUCACCAUCAAGUAGCACACCCAAUUCCCUAAUGGUCGAUCGACCCGACCCACGCAAAACUCGCAAGGGAAAUCAAAUGCUAGUCCCACAUCCUCUGAUGGAAAGCGUUAAACAGGAUGAACUUGGAAGUGCCAAUUAUCGCAGAUAUACGGUAUGGAGAAAACAACCCAUGAGAUUUGUAGGCAUGAAUGAGAGGGUCAUUGCUAUCGAUGGGGAAUAUUUACAUGUCCUCCCGGCUUCUACCGGCAAAACCAUGUUUGAGGGUCAGGGCAAGACAACUACGGUUCAUUUUAGUAAUGUGGUGGGUUGUAAAGUUACACGCAGACACCCGACAAAUUUUAAGCUCAUAGUCUACAAAUCCCGAGAAGAAAAACGCUACGAUUUCGAAGCCAAGAGUGCAGAUGAAGCUGCGGAAAUCGUUUAUGAAAUUAAAAAGGGUAUUGCUCCUUAUCAAUCUAAUAAUUGA